GAACAACAUCAAAAAAUGAGCGACAGCAAAAAAUGGCGAAUGCGCUAAAGAGUGGUGGUGGAGCUGUUCUGCUCUCAUCACUCUCCUCCUUCUUCUCAGCUACAUCUUCAACUCACCGCUCCCUCAUUUCCAACGCCACGCGCUUCCGUCGCAACAAGUUCCCUCUUUUCUCCAUUUCUUCAUCAUCAUCAGUAACAAGAAGAUGGAGCAGAACCCCAUCUGGGUUCCCUUCAUUUUGCACACUUUCUUCUUCUUCCUCUUCUUCUGAAACAGUGGCGGAACCCACAACGGCAUCCAAUGAUGGUAAUGGUGAAGGCACUGAGAAGAACGACAAUAAUAGUGCUAAGGAUGCGGCGGGGUUACUUGAUAUAAGAGUUGGUCAAAUUGUGAAAGCGUGGAAGCAUGAAGAAGCUGAUUCUCUUUAUGUGGAAGAGGUUGAUAUUGGUGAGCCUGAACCCAGAAUCAUAUGUAGUGGUCUUGUCAACUAUGUCCCUCUUGAACAACUUCAGGGCAAAAAGGUUAUUGUUCUUUCAAAUCUGAAACCAAGGAAUAUGCGUGGUGUCAAGUCUUGUGGAAUGCUCAUGGCUGCUUCUGAUGCAAAGCAUGAGAAUGUUGAACUUCUGUUCCCUCCGGAGGAUGCAAUCCCUGGUGAAAGAAUAUGGUUCGGAUCAGAGGAUGAAAAGGAUAAUCAACCUGUUGCUGGCACUCCCAAUCAGAUUCAAAAGAAGAAGAUAUGGGAAACAGUGCAGCCUCAUCUAAAGACAGAUGAUUCUUGUGGAAUGCUGGGGGUGGAUAUCAUGCGUACAUCUGCAGGUUCAGUGGCAUGCCAAUCAUUGAAGAAUGCAAAUAUCUCCUAAUAAGGUUUGGGAAUUUCUUACUAUACACAGCUGAUAAUUUCAUUCAACAUAGCAUAGCUAUCUGCUAUGGAAGUAAAUCAAUCUUUUUUCUAGAACUAUGACAAAUUGAUGAUAUUACUGUUUUGAGAACUUGUAAUUGCAAAAUUAGUUUUUGUUUUA